AUGGUGCAGCUCUCAUCAGAUUUAGAUUCAUACCAGAUCCAGAUGAAAAAUGUGACUGAAGUAAACAUGUUUAUACUGAUGGGCUUUACAGAUGAUUUAGAGGUGCAACUCUACCUAUUUUUACUUUUUCUGGCAAUCUAUCUUUUUACACUGGUAGGAAAUUUGGGACUGGUUAUGAUGGUCAUUGUGGAUUCUCGAAUCCAAAACCCAAUGUACUAUUUUCUGAGUGUCUUAUCAUUCCUGGAUGCCUACUAUUCUUCAGUGGUCACUCCAAAAAUGUUGAUUAAUUUCCUGUCAGAGAAUAAAACCAUUUCCUAUCUUGGAUGUGCAGCACAAAUGCUUCUCUUUGUUACUUUUGGGACCACAGAAUGCUUUCUUCUGGCUGCAAUGGCAUACGAUCACUACGUGGCCAUCUACGACCCCCUCCUGUAUUCAGCCAGCAUGGCUCCUAGAGUCUACGUGAGACUCAUCAUUGCUUCCUAUGUUGCUGGCAUCAUGCAUGCUACUGUACACACAGUGGCUACUUUCAGCCUCUCCUUCUGUGCCUCCAAUGAAAUCAGACACGUGUUCUGUGACAUCCCUCCCCUCCUCGCUAUUUCUUGCUCUGACACUCACACAGACCAGCUUCUACUUUUCUAUUUUGUGGGCUCUAUUGAGAUAGUCACUGUCCUGAUUGUCCUGAUCUCCUGUGGUUUCAUUCUGUUGGCCGUUCUGAGGAUGUGUUCUGCUGAAGGGAGAAGUAAAGUCUUUUCUACAUGUGGAUCUCACCUAACUGGAGUGACUAUUUAUCAUGGAACCAUCCUCUUCACAUAUAUGAGACCAACUUCCAGCUAUGACUCAAACAUGAUCGUGUCAACAUUUUACACCAUUAUCAUUCCCAUGCUGAAUCCUAUCAUCUACAGUUUAAGGAAUAAAGAUGUAAAAGAGGCAAUAAAAAAAAUAUUCAGAGAAGUUGGUUUAUAA